UUGAAAGCUCCCAAAAGUGGGGAUGGUUGCACAACAUUGUGAAUGUAAUUAAUACUACUGAAUUGUACACUAAAAAAUGGUUAAAAGAGUAAUUUUAUUUUUUAUUAUUAUUUUUUUUUGGCCGUGCGGCUUGCGGAGUGACCGGGGAUUGAACCCGUGCCCCCUGUAGUGGAAGUGCAGAGUCGUAACCACUGGACUGCCAGUCCUCCAAAGCUGUACAUUAAGUUCUAACAGAGUAUAGUGAAAAAGAACAGAAACAUUGAAUGUCUGUUUCUCUACUUAGUAGACCAAAACCUCCUGCGACUGAGCACAACCAUGGUGCAUCCGGAUUCUCCUCAGAAGUGAGACUUUCCAAAGGACCAAUGACUCUGUUCCUCAUGCCCUUUCAGUUUUUCCUACUCCGUAGCUAUGUCUCGAUCUCGCCAUGCAAGGCCUUCCAAAUUAGUCAGGAGGGAAGAUCUAAACAAAAAGAAAAACAGCCAACUGAAGAAGGGAUCUAAGCCAGCCAACAAAAAUGUGGUGACAGUCAAGACUGUGAGCCCUGGAAAAUUAAAGCAAUUAAUUCAAGAAAGAGGUGUUAAGAAAAAAACAGAACCCAAACUGCCUAUGCCAGUCAGAAGCCUUCUGACAAGAGCUGGAGCAGCACGAAUGAAUUUGGAUAGGACUGAGGUUCUUUUUCAGAACCCAGAGUCCUUAACUUGCAAUGGGUUUACAAUGGCUCUCCGAAGCACCUCUCUUAGCAGACGACUCUCCCAACCCCCAGCGGUCAUAGCCAAACCCAAGAAAGUUCCACCUCCUAAGAAUCUAGGAAAGCAACAUGAGUGUGAUUAUAAGGUACUUACUGACAUGGGAGUAAAGCAUGCAGAAAGUGAUUCAGUCCCAGUGCAAGACCCCUCAAUCCUUCCUGAUAUAGAGAAUCUAAUUGGCAUACAAAAUGCAUCAUUAAUAAAAGGUGAGAGCCAAGAGACAACCCAGUCUUGGUCCCAAAGUGUGGAGGAUUCCAAAAUAAAUCGCUCUACUCAUAGUGGCCCUGCAGCAGAGGUUCUUUCUGGGUCAUUGGAAGGGACACGUGGUGGUGAAGGACUAUUCUCUAGAGAGACAUUGAAUGAUAUCAGUGAUUCCCCUAGAAUGUUUGCUCAGGACACUCUCUGUGUUCCUUUGCUCCAAAAAGCAGCCCUCAGGGUUACCUCUGAAGGAAACCCCAGCAUUCAGUUAGAAGAUUUGGGUUCACGAGUAGAAUCUCUUAAGCUAUCUGAUUCUUACCUGGAUCCCAUCAAAAGUGAACAUGAUUGCUGCCCCACCUCCAGCUUUAAUAAGGUUGUACCUGAAUUGGACCUUAGAAACUGUUUGACUAUUGGUGGGUCAAUAUAUCCUACCUCAUUAAUAAAACUCCUCUUGGCAGGUUCAGAACAAGAAACCCUUGGUGCUAAACCAGAUCAUCAAGAGGUACUCAAAUCUACCCCAGAUGAACAGGAAGUUCUUGAUACCACCCCUGUCCUAGGACAGGCCCUUAGUGCUGUCCCACAUCAAUGGGAAGUUCCUGGUGAUAACCCAGUUCAUGGAGAGCCUCUGGGUGAGACCCCAGACCCACCAGAGAUUCCUGGUGCUAUUCCAGUCCAAGGAGAGGUCUUUGGUGCUAUAUUAAAUCAACAAGUCCUCGGUAUGGGCGGUGGUACUGCCUCAGACCCCAAUAUCUUUCUUCCUGCUCCUCUUAACCCAAUUGCUACCUGUAAUGCUCUCCCAGAAUGGCCUGAGCCCCAGAGCACUGUUUCAUCUGGGCUUGAGGUCCAGGGCACUCUGCAGAUUUUGCCUUCGGGCUUAGGUCACACUCCUCAACGAUCAUCAAACUCAGAGAUAAGUUCGGUACCUCCCGCAAUGGCUAUAAACAAUAUAGAAAAUAAGAAGAAGGUUCAUAUAAGCUUUCUGCCAGCUAACACUCAGGGGUUCACAAUAGCCCCUGAGAGAGGACUCCACCAUGCUUCACAGGGCAUUGUCCACCUCUCCCAGGCCAGUCCCAGCAAAUUGGAAGGAGGGAGCUCCCAGAUCAGUGCCACCAGCAUGGUUGACAUCAACACCACAGUGGUGUCUAGGCCAGUGUCACUUGUCAGUACCUCCUCUUCUCCUUCCUACACAACUUUGCUACCUACUUUGGAAAAGAAGAAACGAAAGCGAUGUGGGGUCUGUGAGCCCUGCCAGCAGAAGACCAAUUGUGGUGAAUGUACCUACUGCAAGAAUAGAAAGAACAGCCAUCAGAUCUGUAAGAAGAGGAAAUGUGAGGAACUGAAAAAGAAGCCAUCCAUCAUUGUGCCUUUGGAGGUUAUAAAGGAAAACAAGAGGCCCCAGAGGGAAAAGAAGCCCAAAGUUUUAAAGGCAGAUUUUGACAACAAACCAGUAAAUGGCCCCAAGUCAGAAUCCAUGGAAUACAGUAGUUGUGGUCAUGAGGAAGAACAAAGAUUGGAAUUAAAUUCAUGUCCCUUAGAAAAUGUAACUAAAAAUGAAGAAAGUAUGACAGGUAUUGAAGUGGAAAAGUGGACACAAAACAAGAAAUCACACUUAAAUGAUCAUGUUAAAGGAGAAUUUAAUACAAUUAAAACAGAAGCUGAAAAUCUGAAAAGCUCUGAAGAUGACAGGAAAAAAAUCCUACUUACUGACCUCCUUGAACCUCAAAAAUUGUUUGCACAAACUGUAAGAAACGGCAUUAAAAAUGUACACUAUUUGCCAACUGAAACAAAUUUGUCUUUUAAAAAAAUCAACAUUGAAGAACUUGGCAAGGCAUUUGAAAACAAUCCUUAUAAAUUCCUGAAAGACACUGCAAACCAUAACAAUGCCAUGAGCGCCAUUGCUACUAGUGCGAGCUGUGAUCAUCUCAAGGGGAGAAGUAAUGUUUUGGUCAUUCAGAAGCCUGGCUUUAACUGUAAGUCUUUUCCAGAUCCUGCAAACUGCAACUUAAAUAGUCAUACUAGUAUACACAAUGAAAGUGAUCAACCAAAAUCCCUAGAAAUUAUAACAAAUAGAGAACUAAAAGAAGGAUCAACGCUUCAACCAAGUCUUCUAUCCCUAAUGAAAGAUAGGAGAUUAACGCUAGAACAAGUAGUGGCCAUAGAAGCUCUUACACAACUUUCAGAAGCCCCAUCAGAAAAUUCCUCACCAUCGAAGUCAGAGAAGGAUGAAGAAACAGAACAGAGAACAGCUAGUUUGCUUAAUAGCUGUAAAGCUAUCCUGUAUUCUGUAAGAAAAGACCUCCAAGACCCAAAUUUACAAGGGGGGCCGCAAAGCCUUCAUCACUGUCCAUCUCUGGAAAAGCAAAGUUCAUGCAACACAUUGGUGUUCAAUGGACAAAAUAUUUCUAAGUCACACAACAGCUCACCUAGUGACCAAGCAUCCACAAAGGCACAGGAAUACUCAACAGUCACAAAUUCAGUAUCUGUUUUUAUACCAAAUUCAAAUUCAUCUAAAACCGAUACCAAUAAAAAUGUUGCUCAAGGUAGAAUUGCUCUUGACAGUUCCAGAAAUUUGCAUCAGUUGACAACAACAACUAAUAAAUCGGAGUAUUGUAACCAGUCACUGGACAGCAGCAUCAAGUUGGACUCAAAGGAUGAUCCCUCAUGUCAAGAUACAGUUCAUAGUAAGAUAGAAGAAGAUGUUGCUGCACAGUUAACACAACUUGCAUCAAUAAUUAAAUUCAAUUGUAUAAAACCAGAGGACAAAAAAGUUGAAAGUACACCAACAAGCCUUGUUGCAUAUAAUGUACAGCAAAACUAUAGCCAGGAGAAGGGCACAAUAGAGCAUAAACCACCUUCCAGUGCACAAAAUAAUCAAGGACCUUCAGUAACAAAGCAAAAGAACACAAUCCAGAAAAAGACAAAAUCUACCCCAUCAAGAGAUAGACGGAAAAAGAAGCCUGUGAUCAUAAGUUGUCAAGAAAAUGACCAGAAAAAACAGGAACAGUUGGCAUAUGAAUAUAGUAAGUUACAUGACAUUUGGAUAGCAUCUAAAUUUCAAAGAUUUGGUCAAUUUGGUCCACAUGACUUUCCUAUUCUAUUGGGAAAAAUCCCUCCCCUAACCAAAGUAUGGAAACCACUGACUCAAAGGAGCUCAGCAUUAGAACACAAAAAAUUAUUUCCUCCACUCACUCAAAUAAAAUUUGAGCGAUAUUAUCCUGAAUUAGCACAGGAAAAGAUGAAGGUUGAACCCUUGGAUUCUCUCCCCAUAAUCCAGUUAAAAACAGAAUCCAACGGACAGGUGUUUACAGAAAAUGGAUAUGCUCAGGUACAGCCAACAGUGAAUGUCAAUCAGAAAGCUCAUCCUUUACUCCAGCCAUCCUCUCCAACUAACCAGUGUGCUAAUGUGAUGGCUGGCAAUGACCAAACACAGUUCCAACAGGAUGUUAAAGACCAAGUCACACAUCAGAGGCUGCCAACAUUGCCUGGUAUCUCUCAUGAGACCCCUUUACCGGACCCAGCACAAAUUCUCAGGAACCUAAAUGUAGUAUGUUCAGGUGGAAUUACAGUGGUUUCUACCAAAAGUGAAGAGGACGUCUGUUCAUCUAGUGUUGGAGCAUCAGAAUUUUCCCCAAUAGACAGUGCACAGAAAAGUUUUAAUGAUUAUGCAAUGAACUUCUUUACUAAUCCUACGAAAACCCUGGUGUCCACAACAAAAGAUUCUGAAUUGCCUACCUGCAACUGUCUUGAUCGAGUUAUACAAAAAGACAAAGGCCCAUAUUAUACACACCUUGGGGCAGGACCAAGUGUUGCUGCUGUCAGGGAAAUCAUGGAGAAUAGGUAUGGUCAAAAAGGAAACGCAAUAAGGAUAGAAAUAGUAGUGUACACGGGGAAAGAAGGAAAAAGCUCUAAUGGGUGUCCAGUUGCUAAGUGGGUUUUAAGAAGAAGCAGCGAUGAAGAGAAAGUUCUUUGUCUCGUUCGACAGCGUGCAGGCCACCACUGUCCAACCGCUGUAAUGGUGGUGCUCAUCAUGGUAUGGGACGGCAUCCCUCUUCCAAUGGCUGACAAAUUGUACUCGCAGCUUACGGAAAGUCUAAAGUCAUACAAUGGUCAUCCCACAGACCGAAGAUGCACUCUCAAUGAAAAUCGUACCUGUACAUGUCAAGGAAUUGAUCCAGAGACUUGCGGAGCUUCCUUCUCUUUUGGCUGUUCUUGGAGUAUGUAUUUCAAUGGCUGCAAAUUUGGUAGAAGCCCAAGUCCUAGAAGAUUUAGAAUUGAUCCAAGUUCUCCCUUACACCACUACUAUGAAAGAAUUACUAAAGGACGUAAUCCAGAAAGAAGAUAUAUGAAACCGGAACCAAUCUGUCCGGAACACGAGGCCAUGGAAAAAAACCUUGAAGAUAAUUUACAGAGUUUGGCUACAGAAUUAGCUCCAAUUUAUAAGCAGUAUGCUCCAGUUGCUUACCAAAACCAGGUGGCGCUUGAACACGUUGCUCAAGAAUGUCGGCUUGGCAAGAAAGAAGGUCGUCCUUUCUCUGGGGUCACUGCUUGCCUAGACUUCUGUGCCCACCCCCACAGGGAUAUUCACAACAUGAAUAAUGGGAGCACGGUGGUCUGCACUUUAACACGAGAAGAUAACCGCUCAUUUGGUGUUAUUCCUCAAGAUGAGCAGCUGCAUGUACUUCCUCUUUAUAAACUUUCAGACACAGAUGAGUUUGGCUCAAGGGACGGAAUGGAAGCCAAGAUCAAAUCUGGGGCCAUCAUGGUCCUUGCACCCCACCGCAGAAAAAGAACACGAUUUACUCAGCCAGUUCCUCGUUCUGGGAAGAAGAGAGCAGCAAUGAUGACAGAGGUUCUCGCACAUAAGAUAAGGGCUGUGGAAAAGAAAUUUAUUCCUCGAAUCAAGCGGAAGAAUAAUUCAAUGACAAACAACAGUAAGGCUUCAUCGCUGCCACUUUUAGGGAAUAAAACAGAGACUGUGCAACCUGAAAUAAAAAGUGAAACUGAACCCCACCUUAUCUUCAAAGGUUCGGACAACACUAAAACCUACUCACCGACCCCAUCCAUUCCUCACCCAGUGAAAGAGGCAAACUUAGCUCCAGGCUUCUCCUGGUCCCCUAAGACUGCUUCGGUCACAACAGUUCCUUUUAAGAACGAUGCAUCAGUUUCGUACGGGUUUUCAGAAAGAGGUAGCAAUCCCCACUGCACAAUGCCUUCUGCGAGACACAGUGGUGCUAAUGUAGCUGCUGGGGAAUGUGCUGAAAUUGCACAGCCUGGUGAAAUGGUUCCUCUUUCCACCUUGUCUACUCCCAUGACAGAUUCCCUGGGUUAUUCUGAGCCUCCCACUGGUCCAUCUGAGCAGCUAACUUGUAAUCAGCCAAACCAGCAGCCCCCAUUCAUCCCUUCUCCUCAUGAACUUGCUUCUUCUCUGGCGGAAGAAGACGAGCAGCAUUCUGAAGCAGAUGAGCCUCCAUCAGAUGACCCCCUAUCAGACGACCCCCUGUCACCUGCUGAGGAGAAACUGCCCCACAUUGUUGAGUAUUGGUCAGACAGUGAGCACAUCUUCCUGGAUGCCAGUGUUGGUGGGGUGGCCAUAGCGCCCGCCCACGGCUCUGUUCUGAUCGAGUGCGCCAGGCGAGAGCUUCACGCCACGACUCCUGUCGAACACCCCAACCGGAAUCACCCUACACGCCUCUCUCUUGUCUUCUACCAGCACAAAAACCUGAAUAAGCCCCAACACGGUUUCGAACUAAACAAGAUUAAGUUCGAGGCGAAAGAAGCAAAGAAUAAGAAAACUAAAGCCUCCGAGCAGAAAGACCAGGCAGCUAACGAGGGUCCUGAACUGUCCACUGAAGUUAAUGAAUUUAACCAGAUUCCUUCCCACAAAGCGUUGACAUUAACCCAUGACAAUGUUGUCACCGUGUCCCCUUAUGCUCUCACACAUGUUGCGGGGCCCUAUAACCAUUGGGUCUGAAGGCUUUUCUCCCCUUCUUAAUGCCUUUGCGAGUGCAGUGUAUUUUUUCAAGGUGCUCUUAAAAGAAAGUCAUGUUGUCGUUUACUAUAUCUUCAUCUCACCCAUUUGAAGGCUGAGGUAAAACAAAAAAAAAAUGGGGGGUGGGUAUUUCUUAACUGUGACUAUAUUUUGACAAUUGGUAGAAGGUGCACAUUUUAAGCAAAAAUAAAAGUUUUAUAGUUUUAAAUACAUAAAGAGAUGUUUUGGUUAGGUGUUAACCUUGGUAGAAUCACUCAGUUUGGUGCUUUAAAUUGUUUACUAUGAAACGAGUCAUUUUUAGAGGAUUUUAACAGGUUCAUGUGCUAUGAUGUAAAAUUAAGACACGCAGUGUUAACUCUACACAGCUUCUGGUGCUUAACCACAUCGACACAAAAAUAAGCUGAAUUAUUAUUUCAUGGUGCCAUUGUUCUAACAUCUUCCAAUCAUUGCUAGAAACUCGGCAUAUUCCUUUGAAAUUAACCAAUGAAAUGUUUUCUCUCUUAAAAUCUCUCUCCUGUAUAAAAUAAUUCAUUAUUGUUGGUGAUGG